CAGAGAAUGAAGGAAGACAGAGGCAGAAGAGAAGAGAAAAGAAAGCCUCUCCCUCCGUACCAAACCCUUCCAACACUGAAUAAUGAUCUCUCCCGCAACCUCUGAAGCUGCGACGACGACGUUUCCCAAUCGAACACAAUCGCACAAAAUUUGAGCAAUGAAGAAGCGCAAGGAACUUGGCCAUGGCUCUCCUUCAAUUUCUCCCCCUCCGAAAUCAAGAAGACUGGAGUUGGAGCGCGACGUGAUGAUGGAGGAAGAGGAAAAUGUAAUGGUGAAGCAACCCUGUGUGGACCCCACACCUUCGCCUGUGACGGACAUGGAAGAGAGAGCGAUUGUUCUUUAUGAGCCAACCGCUACUACGCCUUUUCUCAAGUCCCCAAGCUCGCCUGAGUUCUCUAUUGUUAUCAAGUCUGACUUGAUUCCCGGCUUAAAGGAUUAUUUGUUGUCAUGGGGUAUCGCCAAGCAAGAUGACCCUGUUGAAGAUGAAAUGAGGAGGGAGAAGAGUUCUGAAAUGUCAAACGACUGUUUGGCUGUUGUCCCAUGGGUUGCCUUCCAUUCUCCUAUGACAUGUGAAGAAAUAGUUCCAGAAACUGGUCAACCUUUAGAGGUGGAAGAAGGUGACAUGAUGGAAAUGGAUUAAACCUAUAUCUAUAAUAACAACGACAAGGCUAUUGGAAUUUUUGAGAAGGUGGAAGCAGCCGGAGCAUCAUCAUUAUGGUGAAACCACUACCAUGUGACGUCCAAUUUUGGUCACCCCAAUCCCUCCGAUUACAUUUUAUGCAUAUUAUAUUAUAGAGCAACUAUUGGAGGUCUCUGCAACAAACUGUCCAAUUUUCGCACUAGGAUUGGUUUAUUUGCAUAUAAUAUUGCCAUAUAUCCCAGACUGUUUUCUAAAAUGGUAUACAUAUAUUAUUGAGAGUAGAGUUGUAAAUGAAUCAAGUUGAGCUAUUUAUAACUA